AUGGCACCAGCAUCCCGUGUACUCAAAUUCGACCGCACGGACGACGAAUCCCGGUAUGUUCUUCUCAAUGUAGCCUCGCGGGGUUCGAAACCCUUGGAUCUCAGGAUCGAGGCUACCGAGGGUGAUGAGGAGUACGCUCAGAAUCUAAGGCACGAUAAGGUCGUGUCACACCGGGUCAAGAACUGCCCUGUGACGGAAUCAGAGUGGCAAGCUAUCCUAGAACGUAUGUUCACCCAGGAGCCCCAGCCUGAUAUCCAGGUCACUGCCACGGUUGAGACAGGGACUUCCAUCACAGUCACCGUUCGCAAAUCGGUGCAGGGAAUCACGCAACGGCUCGGUGCCAUCACCAUCGCCGUAGCGCCAGAGUCAGGGUUCAAUGUCCUUGAUUGGUGUGCCACUGCUGUGGAUGCAGCCGCUGAAAGCAAGGCUCUGACGGCCAGUACCGCGACCAAGAUUCAAGACUUGCAGUCCACCAUAGCAGAUCUAAAGAACCAACUCGAUGAGCUGAUCAAAGCCAAGGAUGAGGAUGAGACGGCGCUACUCUUCAAGUUCAGGGAUCUCUUAAAUGAGAAGAAGGUCAAGAUCCGGGAACAGCAGAAAGUCAUUGAGAGUGCACCUGUUACAAGAGUUGAUGACUCUCCUGAAGUGGCAGAACCGGUAGAAGCAGAACCCCCUAAGAAAGGGCGUAAAGCUGCUGCUUCGCGAGCGUCGAAGAGAAAGGCACCACCAACAAAAGUCGAAGAGGAGCCCGAGCAGGAGGAGUUUGAGCCAAUGGAUGUGGACAGGGUCAAGUCUGAGCCAGAAGAGACGGAGCGUGAAGAUGACUCCGAGGCGACGGCUUCAACUAGUGAUGCCGAGGAGGACGAUGUGCCUGUCAAGGAGACCACGAGCAAAAGCAAAAGCAGUGCCCCAGCAACAAAACCUCCAACUACAGCAUCGCAGCCUCCACCUCCUCGAACGUUACCGUUUGGGAAACAGAGAGCAGCGGCCUCGACAAAGGCCCCUGCUCCUGUAGAAAGUGAGACAGAUUCGGACGAUGAAUUAUAA